ACUUUCGCUGUGUCUGUUGGUUUAGUAGUUUGACCGUAUAAUUUCAGAUGAAGUUUUAAACUAGAUACUAACACGUUGGGGGGAAAGUAUCGAAACAAAGCCGCUUGUUUCUGGUCGUUUCGGCGCAACAGGAAGUAGCUUCAUACUGAGGAGAAAGAUGGCGACGGGAGGGAGCGAGAGAGUUGCUUCUCGGUGGUUUCGGUCCGUUUUGGCUGGAAAGAUCGUGACUCUGGCGGGUUUUUUCAGCGUCUUCCUGCUGGUGGGGCUGUGCCCGGUGGCCGUGGUCCAUGCCGAUAUCACAGACGGUAACAGCGAGCACUUGAAGCGGGAGCACUCACUUAUGAAGCCGUACCAAGGAGUGGGAACAGGCUCUUCGGCGCAGUGGGAUUUCUGGGGUAGUACUUUAGUGACCAGCCAGUAUGUUCGUCUGACGCCAGACGAACGUAGCAAACAGGGCUCCAUCUGGAACACGGUGCCUUGCUUCCUAAAGGACUGGGAAAUGCAUGUGCAGUUCAAAGUACAUGGAUCUGGAAAGAAGAAUCUGCAUGGCGAUGGCAUUGCCAUUUGGUACACAAAAGAGAGACUGCAGCCUGGGCCGGUCUUCGGAAACCAGGACCAUUUUGUUGGCCUCGGCAUUUUUGUGGACACCUUCCGCAACGACUUGCACGGCAUGGACCGCUCAUUCCCCUACAUCUCCGCCAUGGUAAACAACGGAUCUUUGGCCUACGACCACGGGAAGGAUGGGCGCUCGUCUGAGCUGGGAGGAUGUUCCGCUGAGAUCAGGAACCGGGAUCAUGACACCUACCUGGCCGUUCGCUACUCCAAAGGCAGACUCACAGUUAUGAUUGAUGUGGAGGACAAGAACGAAUGGAAAGAGUGCAUCGAUAUUUCUGGAGUCCGGCUGCCCAUUGGUUAUUACUUUGGGGCCUCAGCAGCUACCGGCGACCUUGCUGAUAACCAUGACAUCAUCUCCAUGAAGCUGUACCAGCUGAUGGUGGAGCACACUCCAGAGGAGGACAGUUUGGACUGGACCAAAAUUGAGCCCAGUGUCAGCCUGCUCAAAUCGCCUAAAGACAACAUUGAUGACCCCACGGGCAAUUUCCGGAGCACCCCGCUGACCGGCUGGAAGGUCUUCCUGCUGCUGCUCUGCGCCCUGCUCGGGAUCGUGGUCUGCGCUGUCGUGGGGGCGGUCGUCUUCCAGAAACGCCAGGAGAGGAACAAGCGCUUCUACUGAAGGGGCAGAUGGAACGGCGCUCCGAGAAAUCAAUGUGAAUUUUUGAAGAUUGUAUUAAAUCACCGUGUCUAUAUCUGUAAAUUGCUGGUAUGAGAGCAAAUGACUUCAGGUGUUUUCAGUACGUGCAGUAGAAAACUUGUAAUCAACAGGUGGCUUAAGUGAGAAACUGCAUAAGAGCAAGAUUGGUUCUUCCUCUGUCUUUAUUUUCCAAGGAAACCAAAUGUUUAAAAUCUUUUAAUUAUCAAAAUCUUUUAAAUUAAGUUCUUGGUUAUUUUUCACUACAAGCAAAAAGGUUGUCCAUUUUAUCCUUUUUUUUCCUGUCUAAAAUUUGUUACCUUUAUUUUGUUUUGUAUUUUCCUUAUGUUUAAGUGAGUCUUUAUCUUGUUAUUCUUGCACUGGCUGUGAUCUCUCUUGUUUACAGUUGUAUUGAAUUUGAUGCUGUUUUUUUUUUUUAAAGGAGUCUCUCCUUGUAAAGAUGAGGUGGUUCCAUAUUUAAACUGAACUUUCAAGCCUUUUAAAGCACUGACCCAUACAGUUUAUGAGGAUGAUGAGGAACGCGCCCUGCGGUUCGCAUAGACGUGCCUCCUUAUGAAUAGCAUGGUGCGAUCGGUUACCUUGCUGCAUGCUGGGGGGAACGUCAAUGUCUGCCGAUACGUCUUCAAUAAGAGAUCAACCCAGUCCGUUAUGAAAGCAGCAGAAGAGAAUGCCUCUCACAGCUCAUAGAACCAAGAUUGACAGCCUUAUAAAUUUUCAAGUCAUUGCAUCCAUGGUCUAUUAAUUUUAAGCAGAAGCUUUGUUGUUACAUGGUAUGUGUUCAAAGGCACAUAUCGCACAAUGGGCACUUCAGAUGCAUCAGUGGCGUUGGCAGAUCUGCGGUCGUUUAAUAACUUACAAAGGAUGUGUUGAUUGAGCUGUCUGAAGCACAGUCCUGAACACUUAAAAUCUCGGCUUGCUUCCAUUCAGAAUUGUUUAUAUAUUGUAGAUGAGCCUUUUGGUUGUUUUUUUUUGCUGAAAAUAGGUGGCAGGUAUCUCCCCUUUCGCUACGCGUACUAGCAGAAUUGCACGAGCAGGGGUGAGGCUGUGAAACCAAAGCUUGGAUCAAAUUGGCGUUGAUGAGUGAUUAAGGUCCUUGAAGGGGAGGGGUUGGUAAAGCCUGUUUGCACCGUGAGCCUUGUUUUGGGCAGAAGGGUGGUAGGCAGGCAGCUGAUGAAAGUUUGAGUCUGAGUACAGUGUUUUUCACCAUAGCAAACAAGACCAAGUUCAAUAUUUAAAUUCAUGAUGGGGGGUACCGCAACACACAGCAGAUGACUAUGCCCGUUUUUUAAAGGUAUCAGUAUUUUUGCACAAGUAGAACUCAUACAUUUUUGGAAGGCGGCAGUUCUUAAAUUUGGAAAGCUUCUUAAACAGCAUUCCUGUUUUGUUUCCUAAUUCUGAUUAGAAAUUGCUUUGUAUGUGGGUUAAAUACCAGUAUUAGCCUUUUUAUGAUGCCAUGUUUUUCUGUUUAAAUCUUGAUAGUUAUCAGGAACUUGGCGCUCCCUAACUACAUAUUUUAAACAAAAUGAAAAGCGUUUUUCCUUCAUAGAAUGCACUGUCCUUGCCUCAAGAAGUGUGAAAUACUGGCACCCUUUUAAAUAACAUGGAAGUAACGUGUCGAAGAGAUUCUAUUGACAAAAAUAAGUUUUGUCUUUGGUGGGUUGUGGGUUAGCAUGAAAAAUGUCUGCAUAAAACUAAAGAACAAAGCCUAGACUACUGGAGGCAGAUGGUGAAUGACAGUAUAUAUUUGUAACAGAAAGUGUACGAUUUCCAUGUGCUUAUUUUAAGGUGAUCCGUGGUGGUUCUGUUGAAUAGUUUUUAAUGAUCACAUUUAUUGAAGGAGCUGGACCACUAAGGUGUAAAGGGCAUGAGUCUUAAGAUAACGCUUUUAAGGAGUUUGCGAAAUCUCGGCUGUCCAAAGAGGAAUGAUUGGAACAUCGUCUACUGAAAUAAGUUCUUCAUGUCAUGUUUUUUUUUCCCUAUAAGUGGGUCUUGCUGUAACAAGUGGUUUGUGGUGUCCCCCAGAAGAAGUAAAAAGAAAACUUGUUACCUUCUGCAAAUCUGCUGGGAAUUGAACGCUGGUUUUGACUCAAUUAAAGUAAUUUAAAUUUCUA